AGCUUGCUCAUAAAAGCUUCGUGGCAGAGAGGAGUGAGGCUUGUCUGAGAGGUGGCUGCACAGACAGCCGCCAGGUGCAGCUGCAAAGCACUCACCUGCCUCCCUGCCCCAGCCCCGCCAACCCGAUCCCAGCUUUCAGCCAUGAUUAGGAGAGGUUUCCAGGCAGCAGCAAGACUUGGCCACCACAAAGCCCUUCCUGGUGGCCCCCACAUCCUGCCCAGAUUCAGCCCCGCCUCAGCAUUCGGCUCCUCCACGGACUCCCUGGUCUCAAGAUUCUGUCCGGAGAAGACAGAUUUGAAGAAUUACGCCCUCCCCAACGCCAGCUGGUGUCCAGACAUGCUGAGCCUGUACCAUGAAUUUCUGGAGAAGACUAAGGCCGAGGGCUGGAUCAGAGUGCCCUCCUUCAAGUCCAACAGAGACCACAUGCAGGGGCUCAAGCUCCCACUAGGGUUACCAGUUACCUCAGACAAAAGUGACUGGCGCAUCUUCACCAGAUGUAUCGAGACGGAGGGACAAGGCUACGAGUAUGUCAUCUUUUUCCACCCAUCUGAGAAGAAGUCCGUCUGUCUUUUCCAACCAGGCCCCUACCUGGAGGGGGCCCCAGGGUUUGCCCACGGAGGGUCCCUGGUAGCCAUGAUAGACGAGACCUUUUCUAAAACUGCUUACCUGGCUGGAGAGGGGCUGUUCACACUAAAUCUCAACAUCAGGUUCAAAAACUUGAUCCCCGUGGGCUCCCUGGCUGUGCUGCACGUCGACGUGGAAAAGAUUGAGGACCAGAAGCUUUACAUGUCCUGCGUCGCCCAGAGCUCAGACCAGCAGACAGUUUACGCCAAGGCCUCAGGCGCUUUCCUCCAGCUGCAGCUGGAAGAGGAUCCAUCCCAAUAGCAGUCACUGUGCCUUCGGGAGAGUCUACGGCCAACUGCCUUGCCUACCUGGGACCCACCACAGAGCAGGGAGGGUGCCCAAGAAGAAACUGGUGAAGGGAGGGGAAGGGCGCUCUUCUGUGCAUGAAUAAAGGCUCACAGCCGCAUCCUCAGUCCGAGCCCCUCUGUAACUGGAAGUCAGAAUCCCUCCCGGGCCUCCCACGCCCCCACCGUCCCGGUCAGUGCCAACAGAAGCCAUAUACUGAGACCUACCAGGGGCCAGGCACUGGGGGAGGCACCAAGCACAUAGGGAUGAAGGACAGGGCCCCUGGCCUUGAGAUGCGCAGCCGUGGGCCAGGAGUAAAGUGCCCCAUCAGCCCCUCCCACCCUACCACAGCUCUAGUUAUGGGUGCAGUGCAGACACCAAGGGAGGAGGGGUCAAUUUUACUCUAGGAAAGCGAUCAGAGAAGGCUUUCUAGAGGAAGCUGUGCUUGAACUGAGUCUCAGAAGUUAAGGGGUGUCCACCAGGCAGGCAGGGGACUAUUCUAAACAGAGGGACUAGUACGAGCAAAGGCACAAAGGGUUGAAAGAGCACAGGGACUCUGGAGAACAGCAAGGUGUUGAGUGGGGCAGGAGUUCCAGGAAAGAGAAGGGGGCAGGGCAGGUGCAGGCCAUGGAAGGCUCCUGAAACCCUGCAACGGAGCUUGAACUUUGUCUUGUAGGCAACAGGGAGACUUUAAAGGGUUUGGGCUGGGGAGUGACAUCAUUUUGUUUUUUAGAAAGAUGAUUCUGGUGGCAAUAAGAGGUCAGCAAGGCUGAAGGUGAAAGCACUGGUUAGGAGACCCCUGCAGGGCUCCAAACUAGAGAUAGUAAGGACCUGACAUGGUUCAAAGCCAUGAAGAUGAGAGAGAUGGAAAAUGUUGCAAGCAAAAGAAUACAGGACUUUGCCACUAAUUGUGUAUACUGGAUCUGUGAAGCGAAGCCUUCAAAGAUGACUCCAAGUUUCCGGCUUGGUAGUUCCAGGUGGCAUCUUUGCAGUUACAGGGGAGCAGUUUUCAGGUGGGGGAAGCUAAUGAGCUCACUUUCACACACUGAGCUUGAAGUGUCCAUGGAACUUCCAUCCACAGCUAGCACCAGCGGGUGCUUGGGUAUUGUCAUUUGGAACUAAGAAUUCAUGACAUACUGACUCAAUUUGUAAAUCAUCUAUAUAAAAACUGACAUGGAGGGACUUCCCUGGUGGUCCAGUGGUUAUGACUUGGGCUUCCAAGGCAGGGGGUGCGGGUUUGAUCCCAGGUUGGGGAGCUAAGAUCUCACAUGCCUUGGGGCCAAAAAGCCAAAACAUAAAACAGAAGCAAUGUUGUAACAAAUUCAAUAAAGCCUUUUUAAAA